GAAAGUGAAGCUACUCCUGUUGAGAAAAAAGUGGAUAUGAAGGAUGCUCCUUUAGCAGGUAAGUUAGGAAGCACAGAGAAAUCAAAUUCCUUAAAAGCCUGAGUUAAAUGCAAUUUAAUAUACAAACAUUAUUUUCUGAAAAUCACUUGCGCGCGUAUUUCACCAAGUUUGUGGGGUGACUGAGUGGACUGGAUUUUGACCAAGGAGUUUUUGAAUAUUGCGUUACCGAGAAGAAGUCGAGGUUUAUAAAACGAAAACAAAAAGAGCUUCAAACUACUCUAUUACAUGUUACCCCCGGGUUCGAACCAUUUACUGUAUUACGUUCACUUGGACGAUAGAGCGAAAGACUUACGAACGACUACAUCACCUACGCAAGCACUGUCAGACAAAUACGACAAAAACUCUGGUUUUAUCACCGCUGUAAAGUUCACGGCCUUGUUCCGGUCGGGCUCAAACUUAAGUCCCCAUUGAACACACAGGAGGCCAUCCAGAUAGUAUAAGCCACCUGCAGACGACUGGUCAAAGCGCGGAUAAAUGAUUGCCACAGAAGACUCAAACGCUAUAGGAACAAAACAAAACAACUAUAUGACAAACUGAAACAACUGAUAUCUACUGAAUUACUUGACACUGUUACGACUAUCGCCGACUAACGUCAGAGAAAAAGACGAACCGAGGAACAGACAGGGAGCAGUGUAUAAGAUCAAUUGCUCCGACUGUCAAGCCUCCUACACCGGUGAGACUGGUAGAAAACCUCACAACUAGACUGACUGAACACAGACGAGCGACGAGGAAAGGCGAUGUCAACAAUCACAUUGCUGAACAUCACUGACUUACGAACCACACUAUUGACUGGGACUCUGCGCAAUGCCUAACCUACGGCACCAACUACUUCAACGACUGACCCUGAAAAGCUGGUUUACCAACUUGGAACAGACUUCCCACAACAGGUGUCAACCACUACCGGCACCAUACAAACGACUCAUUCACGACAUUGAUAUUACAAACGAACCGAGCAGAACGACCUAACUUCACCAACGGAUCGAGACCGACCAAUCACGACUGACCUACGCCACUUGAGUCUUAGAGCCCAUAACAUCACGGAGAAACUGAUCAAUCAGUUUAUACAAACCGAUCUAAGAACAUUCGACUGACAACAACUAUUCACUUGACUCUAAUGAUGACUUCUGCUCAGGUUGUCAAAAUGUUAGUCACCACUACCGACAACAGUCCAUCUCAGGACUACACUCACCCGGACGAUCAAACUACACUAUUACAGAGCUUUAAUUAGCAUUAACUACAAAGAAAAUCCAAACAACCGACAAGGUGCAGUUUAUUAGAUCAAAUGUGCUGAUCACCAACAUCAGAGACAAGGAGAUAGGAAAGGGCACUAAAAAAUGACUGAAAUCAAACUGCUGAAAAUCAACGAAUGACGAACCACACCGUUGAUUAUGAGUCUGCGUGUUGUUUUAAUAUAACAGGACGAACUGUACCUCCGAUAAUUUUCUGACUGCAUAAGAAAAGAAUGAUUUCCCAGACUCAUAAUAGCACUUGUUACUUAAAACAUUUGCUCGUGCAUUUUUUUUUUUAGUUUCAAAAUUUAUUUUUGUCUUUGAAAUUGAAAUACAGGAGGGACAAAUAGACAGGAGGAUCAAGAAUGAUAAGAAAAAGUGCUGGAUGUUAUAAUUUGGAUACCAGUAAUACAAACUGCUGUUUGGUUUAACUGAAGAGGCGCAUUUAAGUUAGAAGCAGGAGAAAACCAUGUCUUUGCAGACAAAGCAUUAGCAAACAAAAGAAAAAUGGUGAAAUGUGUUUAGCGCCGAUCUUUUUACCACAACUCGCAACAGGAGUUUCUUUUUUCUUUUUUAAUGGGCAAAUAUUUAUCUAUUUUGAUAGCCUAACAGGAAAGUUUACAACUAGACUUUCACGGAAAUUCCAAUCGACCGUAAAUGGUUUCCUAUUGUGACAUUCAUUAUUCUAUGACUUUUAUUAUCCUGUCAAAUUUAUCAAGAACAAUUCUGAUAACAGUAAUGAUAAUAAUGAUAGCACAACUGAUGAAUAGCAACAAUGAUAAUUGUGAUGAUAAGCAUUUAAACAAUCUGUUUUUUAUACUUUUAGACCAGGAGAAAAGCGAAGUCCUAUCCUUUGGAAAAUCAAAGGAUUUAGAUAUCGGGAGUUCAACAGGUACAGGAUUAUACCGUCUCUUGGUGUGCAUUUAUUGUUAUAAUGGCUGAUUUAUUGAGUGAGCGUUGGUUGCUCUAAAUAAAAUAAACAGGAGCAUCUAUUUUAAUGCUUAACAGCAAUAGAAACCUCGGGCCAAAAAAGGCUACAUUCAUUGAUCUUCAUGUAUUGUAUUUAUAAACGUGUCUGGUGGUUGCUUUCUAAAAAAUUAUUAUCCUUCAUUCUUUCCAAACAGUUUCCAAAGCACAACCCAAUAUGUCUAAUUAUUUUCUAUUUUUUUAGGUACGUCAGAUGAUAAAGUUAAAGCAAUCAAAGAAAAACUGGAUUUGGAUGAUAAACUUUCUUCAGGUGAGAGAAAUAAAACAGAAAAUGGGAUAGUGGUGAUUUUAGUUAGACUGAGUACAACACGCACGAUAAAAUCAAACACACGAACAAACUGAACACUGAAAGUGUUCUUUGCUCAAGUAACAUUUGUGUUCUUUGCUAUUUCAAGACCAUUUUACAUCCAAGAAGGAAUCAGUUGAUGAUGGAAGCAAACCAAAAGGUAUAAGAGAUCAAUGUAAAACUGAAUGAAUUUAAGCCUAAGUCCGAAAUUAAAUCUAGAUCUAAAUCUUGGUAUGUAUUAGAGGUUGAAAAACAAAAGUCAUCACAGAUCGGGAGUGUUUUAACUGUUAAUUUGUUUUGAUAUUUCAGUUGGAAAAGAGGACAACAUGGCAGCUGAUGAAAACCUUGUUGCUGCUGACAACAGUUCUCUGGGUGAGGAAAAAUGAGGCCUCAUCAGAUUUUUUUAUGAUUAUAACAAUAUGAUACUACAACUCAAACCGAGAUUUAUAUAGUAUAAUAAGCAAACCGAAUAAUCUUGGUAUUUCGGCAGUCUGACAGCCCAGUUAUCAAUCGCACUAUUAAAAGUUUAGAGCAAGAAUUGUACCUGUGAGUGGUGAAAAGGCUUUUUAUUUAUCACGAUAUAAAAAAAAGGCCAUACAAAAGACACAAUACGCGAAAAAACUCAAAACUGUGGAGUUUUUUUUCCCUAUCAUUUCUUUUACAGACAAAAUUAAGGCUACUAAGUCUAAAAGAUGCUGGGCCGUUUGAAGUAAAAUAUGGGCAGAUCUUUUUUCUGCAAAAGACUGGCAGGCGUUCUUAACCAAGAUUUUCGGCAGCGAGACGAAUGCGAAACCUAUAAAAACUCAAGGGAACAUUUGAUUACGAACAAAACUAAAAAGGAGCAGUUUAAAAGAUCGGCCGUGAGAAAUGGUGAUGUCAACAAUCACAUUUCUGAACAUCGUCCACUAACUAACCACAAUAUUGUUUGGGACUUUAAAAGAUGUUUAACCUUUAGCAUGAAUUAAGUUAUACGAAUGACUUUCGGAAGCUGAAUUACCUACUUAAGGCAGAUUCUUCCCAAUAGAAGAGUAAAAAUCAAGAGAGUGAGGGGAACACAAAAGACCAUGAUAGGUCACGGUUGCUCUGACGAAGGGCUAACGCUCGAAACAUCAGCUUUAACUCUUGAAACGGUGAUCAAUUUACGUCAUCAACUCAGCUGAUGAUACCAAAUUACUCUGUUAUACUCUCUCACCAAUGCAGCACCACAGUUCUUUUGGCUACCUACCCCCUUGAUUACAGGUCACAACUAAUUAUAUUGUUAUCAUCAUCCGUUUCAUUUUAGUUAUCACAGGGACACAAGUUGAGGCAGCUGAAGGAGACGAGAAUUUUCCUUUCAACAACUCAUCAGGUGAGAAAUGGAUUGUUGAUCAGCUUUUUCGUAAUUGUCAUAACACAAGAGGUCGCAUUGGAAGAGUUUCUCAACAAACAGGGUAAAUUAUUUCAUUAAACUUACUGAGACUUUCUUAAUCCAAUUCUAAGGGUUUUCGCUUCCAAUUUUUAUGGAUCUUCUUUCUCUCAUUCCAAUCAAUAUCGUCACCAAAUUCAGUGUUUUUAACCAUUGGCACCAAAUAAUGGCCCAAAAACUUGACCAACUUAUGGGUCUUCGCUCAUCACUUGAAAGCCUCAAAACUGCCGUCACCAUUCCAGAAAAUCUUCCACUAUCCGACUCAGAGCUAGAAAUCCGUCCUCAGUAAGAGCUUAAAUUUUGUUACCAUUUUUAAAACCACCGACUAAUUUUUUAAAAAGAGGAUGAUUCUAACGUAUUAGAAAAGUCCAAUAAGAUUAGAAAGUUCAACUGAACUCCCCCAGUUGGCCAGUCCGCAUUUAUUGAUUUUUUUCAUCAAAUGAUGUUUUCACUCAGUAGAUAGCAAUAAAUGAAGUCAGUGGGCAUUGAGUACAACAAACGCCAUGAAACAAACAUUGAAAUAAACAAACAAUGGAUCAUUAACUAAAAAUUUUCUUAGUUCAAAGGAAAAUGUUUUUCUUUCAUAAUUCAAGGCCAAAUUGCAUUAAAGAAGGAAUCAGAUGGCAAUGAUAAUAAAUCAAUAGGUAUAAGUAAUAAGUGUAACAAUCAGACAGUUUGUAAGCCUACAUCUGUAGGAAGAUUAUCCAAAAAAAACCCUGAAAUCGUUUUUGUUUAAAACUGAGAAAAAUAACUAUAUUUCAAUUGUGGCAUUGGUCUGCACAGUUUCCGUAAUUUCAAACCAAGCUGCGAUUGUUUACAAGAACUUGUAACGUUGAACAAUUUCAUUGUUUUCCUCGCACCUUGUUACUUGAUCUUAAAUGUUUAUGCGGCUAAGAAGCCGUUGAGAGACAAGUGCUGUGGAAAUUCACUUAAGGAAAUUUUUUACCAAAAGGACAGUUGUAGUUACUUCAAAUGAAACGUUUCAAGACAAUUGAGCGUUUAAAGAUUGAAAACUGACAGAAUGAGUAAUUUUCUGUGGGUUUAUAUUAAGACAGAAAUAACCAAGAGAUUCUUUCAGAGUCGUAAGCUACACAAUUACAGGGAAAUUUAAAUGUUUCAGUUUCUAAAGCUAUUUUAGUCUUUCAUAUUGCGAUAUUAAGGGAAAAACCCCAAUAAAAAUAUCAGAGGAUAGUGGAAAUCAAUAAAAAAGCUGUUUAAGUAUUUCAGUUUUCAUGAGCAUUGAUAUUCUUUGUUUUUUUGAGUAACCAAAGGGGCACAAGUUGAAGCAGCUGAAGGAAACCAGGACUUGCCUGACAACGGUUCAUUAGGUGAGAAAAACAGUUAAAUGCUUUUCAGAAAUUGUUGACUUUUACAAUACAAUACAGAACAGAGUUUACCCUGAUGAUAGACAGUAAUUAUUGAAUAUGUUGUUAAUUAACUUAUCCUUCUAACAUUUUUCCUGGUCCAUCAGGUCUAAAUACUCGCGGCACUCCUCACUUGUUUGUCGUUGUUAUUUCCCCGCCCAUAAGUCUGAUAUGUCUGAUAUGUGUACUUGAUCAUAGGCCAGAUAUCUUUUCAUUUGAUGGACGUAAAUUUUUACUCAACUAAAUUAUUAACUCUCCUUCCUUUCUCUGCUCCCGCCUAAACGAAAACUUAUACUUAACUAAACUCAGCUAAACUUAGAUAAACAACCGACCUUUUAGGUGCACUGAACUAGGCUUAACCAAGAACGCUUUAGAUGAGAUAUAACUUUUGGUCAUAAUUUCAGGGGCAACCAAAAGUGAAGCUACCUCAAGUGAUAACGGAGUGGGUUUUAAAGCCUCGUUGUCCGUAGCAGGCAAGUAGGACUGACUUGGGUUAAGAUCAAACAUAUUCAUCAUAGGAGAAAAUCUCUAAUAGACUCCAUACAGUUAAUUGUUACAUGACCUACGUGGUCCUACCUGGAAAAAGUAAACAGAAUCAAAGAUAAUGAAAACAUAAAUAGUAGCCAUAAUAUGAUGAUGUUGAUGACCGUGAAGACAGUGAGGACGAUCAUUCAAACCCCUUUUUUUUUUUUGAAUUUUCGACUUGGGGAAAUUUUAGAUCGGCAGUUCCGCAAGUACAGAACAAAACUGUACAUAGCAUGGAAGUAUAUUGUAAUCAUAAAUCUGGUUUAUUAAUUAAAUUUUGGUUUGAAAUGAAAUAAUAGGCAGCCACAUCUAAUUCAGUGAUCUUCAUUGUUUAAAGGAAAAGUCCAAAGCACAACCCAAUAUGUUUGAUUCUUUCCUAAUUUUUAGAUACUUCGGGAGGGAAAGAUUCAGCGAACCAAGAAAAGGUGAAUUUAGAGGAUGAGCUUUCAUCAGGUGAG